AUGAUGAAACUCGAUAACGCAGAAACAACAAGAAUUAUUCAACAUGCUCAACAAUCAAAAUAUGAUGAUAAUAAAGAUAUUAUAUGGCUAACUGUUGUUGGCUUAUUUGUUGCAUUAGCAUUAGGAUGGAUGAUAUGUCGAUAUAAAUGUUCCUCAGAGGAAAGAUCUCCACACAUUGUUCGAUGUUGUCCAAAAUCAUUAUGUAAAAAAAUUCGAUUAUGUUGUCAAUGGACAUUUAGAUUUAAUAAUGAAUCACAACAACAACGACAAUAUUCAGGUUCUGACUUACGAAUGCAAAUAAAUAAAGAAAGACUAUCAAACAAUAGUGUAUUAGAAAUUCCAUUUAUGAGAAAGAGUUCAACGAAUCAUUCCUUAUCUCUUCCACGUUCCUCUCAACAAUGGCCACCACCAUUUCUUUUAAACAGCAAUCAAGGACCAUCAUUUCCUUUAUCAAUAUCAAUCCAACCAACAAUAAAUCCUUCACAACCUCAAAGAUAUCCAUUACAUGAAGAAGCUAUAUUAACGGAAACGGAAAAUAGUGAUGAAAGACGUGAUUCAUCACCAUGUCCAUUUCGAGCAACAAAUACGGACUUUCAUGAACAAACAAAUGAUAUUAAACAGAGUCAUCUAUUCUUUAAUACUUAA